AUGUGUGAACAAACCAAACGUUAUUUUUCCCCACGUCUUGUUGACUAUGUGAUCAUAGUUGGUUGUCGUCAUCCAAAUAAAUAUAAUCAUGUCACACAAACACCUGAGUUACUUCGACGCUAUCCAUUGGAAGAUCACAAGGAUUUUGCCUUGCCGCCUGAUGUGAUCUUCUUCUGUCAACCGGAAGGAUGUAUAAAUACGGGUCAUCAACGAACAGCAUUUCGUCAAAUAACUUCAUUUGUGUUUACAUUAACGGAAAAAGAUUCGAAUCGUCAACGUUUUGGAAUAUGUGUGAACUUUUAUCGACAUUUCUCCCGGCGAACAUGUUCAGUUCACAAUCCAAAUCAGCAAAAAUCGGAUGCAACUACUGAAGAGGGACAAUCGUCAGUUUCAAAUGAUCAAAAAGAAGAAACGGACGAAUCAGAUCCGACCGAACGCAAACGUAAACGGCGUUUGAGAAACAAUACAUUGACAUCUAUUUGUCUAAUCAGUCAUCAUCCAUUUUUUACACGUUUUCGUGAAUGCCUGGUGACACUGAAGGCAAUUAUCGAUGCCUGCAAUGAAAGAUCGUGUGCAAAACGCACAGGUGCAUCUAAAGGCACAUCUAGAGAGACUGUUUGGGGUGUAUUAACUGGUCAAGCAUGUGAGUGUACAUCUAAUCUAGUCGGUCACGAAGUGCGCGAAAUUGAAACAUGGAUAUUACGAUUAUUAAGCGCACCUGUAUCUAUUCCAGGAAAGACAAAGAUUUUGAUUGAAACAUUACCCAACGAGCCACCAAUGUUAUUUGCUCUACCUGAUCAUACGCGAUUUUCAUUAGUUGAUUUUCCGCUACAUUUACCAUUGGAAUUGUUAGGCGUGGACUUAUGUAUACGAGUUCUAACGUUAAUUAUGCUAGAAAAUAAGGUCGUGUUUCAAUCUCGUGAUUAUAAUGCAUUAACAAUGAGUGUUUUGGCAUUUGUUGCCUUAUUAUAUCCACUUGAAUAUAUGUUUCCUGUUAUUCCGUUAUUACCAACAUGUAUGACAGGAGCUGAACAGCUCUUAUUAAUUCCAACUCCAUUUAUAAUUGGUGUGCCAGCUAGUUUCUUCCCUUAUAAAGGAAUGAAUCCACAACAGUUCGAUGACAUAUGGAUUGUAGAUCUCGAUGCAAAUCAAAUCAUUCAACCUCGACAAGCCGAGCCAUUCUUCGACAUUCCAGAAUUUGAGUAUAACAUUUUAAGCAAUCAUUUAAAGCAAGCGUUAGGUAGUAUGUCAAUUGAUCCCGAACCGGUUCAAAGUUUUGAUGCUAUGCUCAACGAUAAAUCAUAUUUAAUGACCGCGCAAAAUUCUAUUCCACUCUCAUCGACAUCCUACAAUCCAUUUAUCUACGGAAAUGAUGUUGAUUCUGUUGAUAUUGCAACACGGGUUGCGAUGGUACGAUUUUUCAAUUCACCAAACAUAUUGGGUAAUUUCAAUGAACAUACGAGAACGUUACGUUUACAUCCACGAGCGGUAGUCGCUUUUCAAUACAGCAGUUUCGUUCGCUCGCGACCAGUUAAAUCAGCAUUCAUCAUUCGUUUAGCUAAAACUCAAGCAGUCGAGUUUUUUGCUGAAUGGUCAUUAUGUCCAGAUAAUGUCGCGUUCUUACGCGUACAAACGGGCGUUUAUGAUCCCGCACUCAUUGGUGAUAAACCGAAAUGGUACAGUCGCAAUCUCACGUCGAUUCCAUUCAAUAUUAUCGAACAGAAUAGCACUCUUGGAGACGCCGUUAGCGCAUUUAACUCCAAAAUAAAUGCUGUUGAACAUACGCCGACCGACGAAAGUGGAAGUGAUUCUGAAGACGACAAUAGCAACUCCGAUUAUUCGUCGUUGAGUGAAUUUGUAUCUGAAAUGCGAAACAGCGAAAUAUGUGGUGAAAUUCGAGGUAAAGUGAAGUUUUGUUUUCGAACAACUUUUGGUCUUGGAAACGCGAUUCUAGUAGCCAAAAUAUAUCCAGCAAACCAAGAAAAAACAGCCUGUGUUGAAUAUUCCACAGUUUACAGUCCACCGGAAGAAUUGCACAUACCCGACGGAUCAACGAAUCACAUGCCUAGUCCUGGCGCUAGCGGAAACGAAUCAAGUCAUUCGAUCAGUGAAUCGACAGUUAGUUCAAGUACCAAUUCGCAGGUCAACUCUGGACUUAACUCACCCAGCGAAGAGAUGAACGAAAUUGUUCCUGAUCUAUCGAAUACACCACAUGAUAUUGAUUCCAAAUCAAGUUCGGCAACCAUUACACCAGUAACGAAAACAUUUCCAAAACCACUCUUUGAUUCGAAAGCAUUGGCAAGUGGCGAUAAUUCUGCUCAAUCAUCAUCUCCGGAAAAUAGUACGAAGAAUGUGACUACGCAAGGAAGCGUCAACCAACGCGUUAGCGUAACAAUGACACGUGCAGAUAGUCAUGAUUCGAAUACAAGUGCAAUAGCAACGAAAGCUGGACGAGCUCAGAAAACGGAUCCAGAAAACGCAGCUCCUUCGAAUGCUUCGCUACUUCAACAGGUUGGUGAAGAAAUCAAUUCAACAGCUGCUGGUCGAGCUGUAUCCAACAUGGCCAAGAUGGCUACGCAUAAAAUGUCGGAAUUACUCUCAUCCUCAUCUGAGAAUCCUCGUCAGUCAACUACAUCGAUGCCUCGUGCAAAUCGUCCUCCACCUUUUCCUUUUCCAAAGUCAACACGCAAAGUGGAAAAGCCCAAUCUAGUCAAACAUGCUGCCACAACAUCGAAUGCUUCCAUGCUUGCUCGACAACAGAGUGUAGAAACCAAGGCGAAUACUCAUAGUGAAAAUCAACAGUUUUUAAAAGAUAUUGUCACGAAUGUUCUCGAUGGACAAGGUAUUGGUUGGUUAAAAAUCAAUCGAGUCAAAAAACUAAUGGAAGAUGAAAACUAUCGAAACUUUGUUCUCAGUCGUUUGAAUAUCAAUCUCGACAAGAAAUAUUCGGACGAAGACGAUCAUAUCGAUGAUGUUAAAAUUAGUCGAGCAGUUUUCAAAGGCAUGACAAAUAUUUUACGAGCUGUUAUACAAGGUCUGGAAGUUACGUUUGAAAACAACGGUCUGGGUGGAAUGGCAUCCACAUUCCAAUUACUUGAAAUCGCACAUACACAUUACUGGAUUAAAGAUGCCAAAACUGAUCUAAGUCCAAUGUCUGAACGGAACAGUCCGCUCAGUGGUAGUCGAGAAAGUUUAGCAUCGAUUGAUCCAAAUGUUCCUUUGAAUGCAUCGACAAUGCCACCACAGCAACAGCAACAAAACAAUACCACAAGUCCUAAUACUAGUCUGGUUGCUCAACUGGGGAGUUUGUGGCGCGAAUCCAAACUAGCGCUUGCACGUAGUUAUGCAACAGCUACGCACGCAAAACCCGUUGAAAUGAAUGGUGAUGAAUAUCAAAAUAUUGAUGUUGGAAAAGAUGCAAAAGCUGUCAACAAUGCACAUGGAACUAACAGAAAACAAUCAGAAAAUCAAGUUCGACCGGAUUCAUUAACACUCACAAACGAAACCACAUCGAAAUCGCGCAUGAACAUUCCGCGUAUCAAUUCUAUUGUAACCGAUGAUGACAGUGGCACUGAUUCUAGUUCAUCAAGUCGACGCCAAUCGAAGAUAAAUCAUCAUCACAUACGUACGUCCAAUCAGUGGACUGAUGAUAAAUUAAAGACCAAGCAAAUAUCGAACACAUCCGGAGCAAAAAGUUCUUUUACCGCUGGAUACAGAUUUCGCAACGGAUCACUGAAUCAAACAGCGGAAAACACUCCUAUGAAUGUUAGUGAUAAACAAUAUCUCUUCGAAGUAUUAAUCGGUAGUACACGCAGUCAUUUAUGGGAUCAAAUGCAAGUCUGGGAAGAUGUUUUUCUCGAUGCCGUUGCCCAAGAACGUGACAUCAUUGGUCUCGAUCAAGGACCAGCUGAAAUGAUGGAACGGUAUUAUUCGCUAUCGAACGCGGAUCGUAAGCGUCUAGAACUAGACGAAGAUCGUCUGCUCGCGGUGAUGCUUUAUAAUCUCGUUGCUUUUAUGAUCAUGAUGCGUGUUAGCAAAGAAGAAAUCCGCCGUAAGAUUCGUCGUGUUCUCGGCCGCUGUCAUAUUGGUUUAACGAUGAGUCAACAAGUGAAUGAACUAUUAGACAAUAUCGCCUAUUUAAGUGGUAAUGAUGUUGAUCUACGUCCUGCUGGCAGUCGACUCUUACAAAAGCAAAGUUUCACCGUACAUUGGGGAACAGAUAACACAGGAGAUAUGUUGUUCAUGGAAGUGUGGGAUGAUUGUAUUAUCUUACGAAGUGUCCUUGGUGAAGUUUAUGAUCGAUGUUGGUUCGAGAAGCUAGUCAAUAUGACAUUUUGUCCAAAGACAAAAGUUCUGUGUUUAUGGCGAAAAGCUGAUGGAGAAACACAACUUAAUAAGUUCUACACCAAACGCUGUCGAGAUUUAUACUUUUCAAUUAAAGAAGCAAUGGAAAAAGCAGCAUCACGAAUGAAAGGUUCAUUACCAGGUCAAGAAUUGGGCGGAGAAUUUCCUAUUAAAGAUAUGAAUACAGGCGAAGGUGGUAUUUUACAAGUCUGUCUUGAAGGAAUCUGUUUGACAUUCGAAAAUGAUAAAGAAUUUAUCGAAUUGCCAAAGAUUCGUAAGUGUACUACACAAAAAGGCGAUAUCUUUGUUCUUGAAGAAUUCGACCCUAAUACAAAACAAAUCCUGAUUAGAAAAUACAAAUCUCCAACGGCGAGUAAUAUUCUACUUGCUUUUCAUCGUGUUGUGUCCAUUGUUGUUGAACGACGAAAACUAGCAGCGGCUAACAAUGUAUCCAAUGGUAUUAAUCAUCAACUUAUCAAUGGCUUAGGUAUCAGCAAUAGCCUUUUGUUUUGUUAUAUAUUGCUUUGUUAA